AUGUCUUUGUUCGACGACGAUAUACUACCAAACCCUUUUGCACACGACGCACCCGACCCCAGAGCCUUUUCACCAGCUCCAGACGGCAAUUCGCACUCUACCCUAUGGCCUGAUAGGGAGCAGAUAGAAGGUCCACCCGCUACCAGUGGAUCCAAGCGACGGCCGUCAUUUGGCGGCAUUGUGCAUGUCCACGACCAGGACUAUGACAUUUGCAAAGACGACUCGACAAAUGGCACAGAAAGCCCAAAGCCUUAUAGAUAUAUUGGCGCUUUGUACACCCCAGGGGAGUCUUCAAAGAGUCGAGGGGUGUCGCCAAUGAUAUCCAAUUUAUCGGGAAAUUCGCUUAGGGAUGCCUUUAUCAAUUUCCCGAAACCUCCGUCGCCUCUACGCGACGUUUCCUCGCUAUUGCAUCCCAGAGAUGAAGAACUUAUAUUCCCGGAUGACCUUGACGAUCUUCGGUCACUCAAGUUACCCCCGCUCAACGGCAAGCAUUGGCUAGCCUCUGCAACCACGGGGCGCGAUGGCCACGGAACACCAAUACGUGACGCCAAACCACAGGCAGUGUACGAGCACAAUCGCCGGCUAUGGAACCGCAUCGACCCUGAACGCCCUCCAGAACGACCACGACUGCUGGUAGAUUCGCUGGAGAAAAUACCACAACACAUUGGGACCGGGCCUCCGACAACAGAAGUCUCAGAGAAACCUAGAGAAAGACCUCCAGUUCCUCGUCUACCGCCUCUAAGAAGCCCGUCCUUACCACCGCCACUCUCGAUUCCGCCGGUGGCACCGUCCUCACUACCAACACAGUCACCCGCCCGACCCCCACAGGCCAAGCCAAGCAUACCCUCACAUCACCUACCACACCCUCUGAAAGCCUCGAGCUCCGGAAGGUCAACAGAUGACAGACUUCCCCUUCCCGGCACCAGCUUCCGACCUACACUCAGAGUGAACCAAGUAUCUGCAUGGAGUGAUCCUCGUUCCAAGGUGCUGCUACCAGAGCCUGCAACAUACCGACCACCUCCACCGCCCGAACCUCCCCUUGUCCGCACUCAACCCUACCCACUUUCUGUGUCCCCGCCAACACGUCUACCACCGAACCACACUCCUACUGUAGCCUCGUCAUCAUCACAUCCAAUCACGGAACAACCACGAGAACUCCCCAAACCCCAACAAAAGACGGAAUUAGCGCCUAUCAGGACACAGACGACAAGUCGCACGAAGCGUCAGAUCCAGAAAUCUCCGAGCAAAGAGGCAUUUCUGGCCGCUGCUUCUAUCAAAACCUCGAAAUCCACCUCCAAGCAGCGAGUCUUGUCUGCUGAAAAGGAGGGCGGGAACUCGGACCAUGAGGAUGAGGACUAUGAACCAGCAAAGGCGACCACUGCGACUGCUUCCAAGACAAGCAUGUCUCGAUCUUCGAGUGAAGCAAAGGAUUCUGGGACCAAAAAACGGUAUCCCUGUCCUGUUGAAGGAAGAAUGAUGUUCAGCGUCACCUAA